AUGGUGAAGAUUCUCCAGGCGCUGGAAUUUCUACACGCCAACAAUGUCAUCCACCGCGACAUCAAGUCGGACAACAUUCUGCUGGGCAUGGACGGCUCUGUAAAGCUGACCGAUUUUGGCUUCUGUGCCCAACUGUCCAAUGAGAAGACCAAACGUUCCACCAUGGUGGGCACGCCCUACUGGAUGGCCCCGGAGGUUGUGGCCCGCAAACAGUACGGUGCCAAGGUCGACAUCUGGUCCCUAGGCAUCAUGGCCAUCGAGAUGGCGCUCUAUCUGAUUGCUACGAACGGGAAGCCGGACAUCAAGGAGAAGGAC